CUGAAGCCUCAUACAAGUACAAAUACCUUUAUUUGAACAAAAAUCAGUCUGGAAAUGCACUUCAAGAUCAUUUCGUUGGUCGUCCACGCGGUAAUCGUACUGGGGAAGCCCGUCUAUCAAGAUAAAACUGGAAGCUGUGAUGUUAACCCCAGAUACAGAUGGGAAUGCGGAUGGCUCGGGAUAGAUAAAGAGACCUGCGAGAAGCGAGGCUGCUGCUGGGAUGACAGUGAUCCUUGGGCAAAGUUCUGUUUCGUCAGAAAGUAUAAAAAUCUUCCUGAUGGUCUGUGCCCUGUUGCUCCUUCUGAGCGCCAGGAGUGUGGUCAUUAUGGGAUUACGAAGGACGAAUGUCUGAUUAAAUCAUGCUGUUGGGACCCUACCGUACAUAACGCAAAAUGGUGCUUUAAACAGCCUGUUGGGGAAACGAGAUCUUGUUACAUCUAUCAUGGUAUAUCAGGAACAUGUAAAUACGUGUGUGAUAAGGACGAGCGAAAGAACUAUGGAAUGGGGCAGUGCAGAGGGAGAAUAUGCUGCGUCUAAGAUAAACUUGUUGGAAGAUAAUGCAUGACAAAUGCUACAGAACAAAUAAUCCAUCACUUUCGCGAAGAAUGUAACAUUUCAGUCAAUAAUCAAUAAAAC